AUGAGAAUAUCCUCAAUCCUCCACUGCGCCCCCCAGCCGAUGCUAGCUCUUUUCUUCCUGGCUUUUCUGGUUCCUAUCCCGGGGUUAAACGGGCACCCACACUUCCCCCUCGCUAUCCUGCCCACAUUGGAGAACUCUGAGUGGGAGGCUGCAUUACUUCAGCUCCAGGCCUCCCUAAAUGUCCCAGGGGCAGUGGCGGGCCUCCGCCCAUGGGGACCUCUGCUGGAGUUGGGGCCAGAGGACCCACGCCUGGCUCUGCUAAGGGAGCUGAUGGCUGGGAAUGGCUGGGGACAGGAAGGCAUCAGGAGGGGCCAGAGGGGGGAUUUGGAAAGGAGGCCACUUGGUCCCUUCUCUGGCCACCCCAUGGACACUCUGCACUACCAAGAGGGGGGAGAAGAGGAGGGAGAGAGGGGAGGGAAGAGGAAUGAGGCUCUCACAUCCAUCGCAGGUGGGCUUCAGGCUUUCAACCGAGAGAAGGGAGGCUUUGGGUUCCGUUUUGGAAGAAAGUAAGAGGGAAUGGGACUUGGGCUAUCAAAAGGUGAUGCAGAGGGAUAAAAUUGAUAAAUUAAUAAUG